ACAAGUAUCAAAUAACACCUAAUUAAACACACCAAAAAAAAAAAAACUUAAUAUAACAAAAAUAGUUUAUCCAAAAUUUGAAGCUGCAAAACUGGAGAGAGAGAGAGAGAGAUAUUUCACUUCCAUUCCACGCAAGAGGAGUCUCCUGUAUUAUCACUUGUCACUUCCUUCUAGGGUUUAUUUCAAGGUCUACAAAUUUCCAGUUUGGCCUUUUCAAAUUCGUUACUUGAAAGAAAUUAAGUGCUCCAUGUCACUCCAAAUUCGAUGGAGGGAUUGGGUGAUGAAGUGGCUUUGAUGGACAUGGCAGAGGAGGCACACCUCCAAGGUACAGAGAGCGAGCAUUCUGUGAAACCACCUGAAAGCUCCAACUUGUUGGAAUCUCGUGAAACAGUUAUAGCCAGUGCUGGUGAUUACCCUGAGAGUUCAUUCCAUGUACUUGCUGAUAAGUUGGAGGGCAAGAAUGGAAAUAGGAGUGCAAACCCUCCUAUGGAUGCAUCCAAACAGCCUUGUUCUAGCCCUCGCUCUAUGGAUGAUGCUGGGAAUAUGGUUGAAGAAUUAGUGGUGAGAAAUUAUGAUGGUUCAAACUUAGCUGUUGUUGGUACAUCAAACAAUAGGCAAAGGAUGCAAGCCAGGCAGAGCCAGUGGCCGCAUCUUUAUCAAAUUGGAGGGGGAUCAGUAACUGGGAUUUCUUGUAGUAAUACCUUGUAUAGGGACCGUGGUCAAGCAUUGCUGGAUGUGCAGCACCCAUCUUCAUCUGACAUUUUGGUUCAAAAAACCUUGAGCAAUGAAAGAAAUGACGUCUCAGAACAAUUGGUGCAUACCGACUUUAAUGGGUUGUCAGGCAAUGUGAGUUCACAUGGUAGUUUCCGGACAAAGAUUCUUUCAAAAUCAGGAUUUUCUGAGUUUUUUGUCAAAAACACCUUGAAAGGUAAGGGGAUUAUUUAUAGAGGGCCGCCACAUGAUAGCUUGAAACUUGGGCCAAGAGACCAGAAUAAUGAAAGGUCCGCGGGUGGCACUUUGGCAGCUUCUGAUACUCCUUUGAACUUGAGUGCUAAAACUGUAACGAUGACUUCUUCAUAUGGUAUCACUGGGCCGAGCCCUAGUGGUUCUGAUCAUGAUGGAGUGAGGGGUGGCAUUUUGGCAACUUCUGAUACUCCUUUGAACUUGAGUGCUAAAACUGUAAGGAUGACUUCUUCAUAUGGUAUCACUGGGCCGAGCCCUAGUGGUUCUGAUCAUGAUGGAGUGAGUUUGAGGAAAUGGCUGGAUGCUGUACAGCUAAAAGCAAAUAAAGUUGAGAGAUUGCAAAUAUUUAGACGGAUUGUUGAUCUAGUGGAUUAUUCUCACUCUCAAGGAGUUGCCUUGCCUGACUUGUGGCCAUCCAGCUUCAAGUUGUUGCAAUCAAAUCAGGUUAAAUACCUUGGUUCAGCUGUCCCAAGAGACAUGUUAGAAAGUUCCAUGGAUCAAGAUACACCCUGCUCCGACAAUCAUGCGGUCAGGAGAAGGCCAUCGGAACAAGGAAUGUUUUCUUUUGUUACUGCAUUUGCCAAGAAGCAGAAGUUUAGUGAGAGCAUGAACUAUAUAAGUAGCUGGCCUCAGUUAUCUACAAAACAUAGCUUGAAACUUGAAUCUACAAGUGAUGGGGGUGUUGAUACAAUUGUCUCACAAGAUUCUCAAAAUGAAGCUACUGAACGUAACAAUGACACAGAAUAUGGGAUUCAGGCCAAGUCCAGCAGCCAUGAGCUGUCUAAAAUAGGUCAACGACAGUUGACUUCUAUUGUUGACCGGUUGGAAGAGAAAUGGUAUACAAGUCCCGAGGAGUUCAAUGAUGGCAUCUGCAGUAUUGCAUCAAAUAUUUAUGGUCUUGGAAUUCUACUAUUUGAGUUGCUUGGUCGUUUUGACACUGACAGAGCACAAGCGACGGUAAUGUCAGACCUUCGUCACAGGAUUCUUCCUCCUCAAUUUCUAUCUGAAAAUCCAAGGGAAGCUGGAUUCUGCCUUUGGCUACUUCAUCCUGAACCUGCAUCACGCCCAUCAACAAGGGAAAUCCUACAAUCUGAAUUGAUUAAUGGAUUGCAGGAGGUGUCCGCAGAAGAAUUAUCAUCCUCUAUCGACCAAGAUGAUGCUGAAUCAGAACUAUUGUUUCAUUUCCUUGUUUCAUUGAAGGAACAGAAGCAGAACCAUGCCAGUAAGUUAGUGGAAGAUAUCAGGUGCUUGGAUACUGAUAUUGAAGAGGUUGGUAGGAGAAACUGCUCAAAGAAACACUUGCUCCAUUCUUGCUUAGAGAAUGACUUUCUAAAUGCAAGGCAACCUACCUCUGAGCAUAAAGAACCUUACAGGUUGGAGGCAUUUUCUCAAGUAUCACCUGAUUUUAAGACAAAUGAUAUGAGGUUGAUGAGCAAUAUCAGUCAGCUUGAAAGUGCUUAUUUCUCCAUGAGAUCUGAAGUCCAGCUUGCUGAGACUGAUGCUACCAUUCGCCAAGAUAAUGAUUUACUGAGAAAUCAUGAGAACUGGUAUAUAGAACAAGAGGGUGAAGAAACACAGAACACCACUGAUUGCCUGGGAUCCUUUUUUGAUGGUUUGUGCAAAUAUGCUCGUUAUAGUAAGUUUGAAGUGCGUGGGCUACUAAGAACUGGGGACUUUAGCAAUUCUGCAAAUGUUAUUUGUUCUUUGAGUUUUGACCGUGAUGCAGACUAUUUUGCUGCUGGUGGAGUAUCAAAGAAAAUAAAGAUAUUUGAUUUUAAUUCAAUCUUUAAUGACCCUGUUGAUAUUCAUUAUCCAGUUAUUGAAAUGUCAAAUGAGUCAAAGCUCAGCUGCAUUUGCUGGAACAGCUACAUCAAGAACUAUCUGGCUUCAACUGGAUAUGAUGGUGUUGUGAAGCUAUGGGAUGUGAGUACUGGUCAAGGGGUUUUUCAAUACAAUGAGCAUGAAAAGAGAGCUUGGUCCGUGGACUUUUCUCAAGUAUGCCCAACAAAAUUAGCCAGUGGUAGUGAUGAUUGUUCUGUGAAGCUAUGGAGCAUUAAUGAGAAAAAUAGUAUAAGCACAAUCAGGAAUAUUGCAAAUGUUUGCUGUGUGCAGUUCUCUUCUCACUCUACUCAUUUGCUGGCCUUUGGAUCUGCGAAUUACAGAACCUAUUGCUAUGAUCUUCGGAACGCCAGAGCCCCCUGGUGUGUGUUGGCUGGCCAUGACAAAGCUGUGAGCUAUGUUAAGUUCUUGGACUCUGAAACUCUUGUUACUGCAUCCACUGACAAUUCACUAAAGAUUUGGGAUCUCAAUAAAACCAGCUCUAGUAGUUCAUCUGUCAGUGCUUGUAGCGUAACCCUUGGUGGGCACACUAAUGAGAAGAACUUUGUGGGUCUAUCUGUUGCCAAUGAUUACAUAACAUGUGGUUCAGAAACAAAUGAGGUUUUUGCUUACCAUAGAUCUCUACCUAUGCCAAUCACUUCUCACAAGUUUGGCUCAAUCGAUCCUAUUUCUGGAAAGGAGACAGAUGAUGACAAUGGGCUGUUUGUUUCAAGUGUCUGCUGGAGAGGGAAAUCAGACACGGUUGUUGCUGCCAAUUCAAGUGGGUGUUUAAAAGUAUUGCAGAUGGUUUGACGCAAAGGUAGCCAUCUGGGGUCAAUCAAGAAACUGCAUUCGUGUGACUUCCUUGUUGCAUGGGGAUCAGAGCCUUUUCUGGAAGGCAUAUUCAUAAACUGAAACCGCAAAAUUUGCUUCGCAAUAUCUUUGGGCACACAAAUGUGUCAUCUGCUCUACAGUCUCAACUUGCUGAGUGACAUAGGGUUUCAGUUGGCUGAACUGCACUUCACCCAGAGCAGCAAAUUCCGAUUCCGAUCUCCAGAUAAGAAAAUCAGAUACGAGCUCUGAGAUAUUUGCAGGUGAAAGCACCUGAAUAUCGUAUUGUUUAAGAGGGGAUAUUGGCUAUAAAUAUAAAACAAAAUUGAUUGAGAUUAACGUGGUAUCAAGAUGAGCUGGAUUGAGAUAAAAUUCUCAAAGCCAACAUCAUGAGAUGCUACAAGUUAUGUUGGUGACAAGGUGUCUGACCAAUUUCGGCAUCUGGGAAUUGGUUUGCAGCCCUUGAAAUUUUUGGCAAGGACCUCCGUAUGCACUCUUGAGUUUUGAAGUCCUGUUUAAUAACGAGGCAGAUUUGAAGCAAAGUGGACAUUUAGACCAAUUCCAUCAAUUUCCUUGUAUUUACGGAUUAAAUUUUGAAAGUGUAAAAGCUUGAUCUUGUAAAUUUCAUAGAAUACAAACUCUGUAUAUGAUAAUAUUGUUUUAAAAGAUUAUUUUAAUUGUAAUGUCGCUAUUUCAAUUUGGAGA